CUCGGAAAAUCUGCUGUUGCAGGGGCGAUUUGAAUGCAGUAACUGACAGGACUUGCUGGUUUCUGGUUAGACUGAUCCUGUAACUGACUCGAUCUCCAGAAUGGAUGAAACGGAUUCACAGAUUACGUGUGCUGAUUCUUCUGUGGAUAAACUGUCUCAUUUAAAGAGAAACGAGGUUAAAUCCUGCCCUCUGCCUGAAUUACAUGGGGCAGAUGAAAUGCUGCCAGAGCUCAACAAGAGCUGUCUCACUAACCCAGACAUAUUGAGAUACAGCAGGCAACUUGUUUUGCCAGAUUUGGGUGUUCAAGGUCAACUAAAGCUUUCAAAAGCCUCUGUGUUGGUCAUAGGAUGUGGAGGGCUAGGCUGUCCUGUAGCACAGUACUUGGCAGCAUCUGGAAUAGGUCGUUUGGGGUUGCUGGAUUAUGAUGUGGUUGAAAUGAGUAAUCUUCAUCGACAAGUUCUGCAUGGUGAAAACAGGCUAGGAAUGUCCAAAUCUGUGUCUGUCGCAAAAACACUUAGGAAGUUGAACUCCGCUGUGGUCUAUCUUCCUUAUCACAUCAGUUUAAACCCUGAAAAUGCUCUGCAGAUUAUUCAACAAUAUGACAUCAUCGCAGAUUGUUCGGAUAAUGUUCCAACAAGAUAUUUGGUCAAUGACACUUGUGUGUUGGCUGGAAAACCACUUGUAUCUGCCAGUGCUCUUAGGUGGGAAGGGCAGCUCACAGUGUAUAAUUAUCACCAAGGUCCAUGUUACAGAUGCUUAUUUCCAAAGCCUCCUCCUUCCGAAACUGUUACAAACUGCGCAGAUGGUGGUGUCCUUGGCAUAGUACCUGGAAUAAUCGGUUCCUUGCAAGCUUUAGAAGUAUUGAAGAUUGCUUCUGGAAUGGCUCCAUCCUAUAGUGGUGUUUUGUUGAUGUUUGAUGCACUGGAAGGACGUUUCAGAAAUAUCAAGAUUCGUGGGAAGAAGAACGAUUGUGCAGCUUGUAGUAAUCCUUCAGAAACUGCUAUUCUUCAAGAUUAUGAGGCAUUCUGUGGUUCAUCUGCUUCAGAUAAGUGCAGAAUGUUGCGUUUGCUGUCCAGGGAUGAAAGACUUUCAGUAGAGGAAUAUAAAAGACUUCUGGAUGACCACGUUCCUCAUAUACUUAUGGAUGUUCGGCCACAACCUGAAGUUGAUAUUUGUCGGCUACCACAUUCUAUCCAUAUACCUUUAAAAGGUCUGGAAGAGAAAAAUGAAAAAUGGGUCAGUUUCCUCAGGACAAAAAUCGCUGAAUUAAUAACUGCAGGAAACAGAACAGAAAAAACAGUGAUAACAAUUUGCAAACUGGGAAAUGAUUCCCAGAUAGCUGUGAAAAUACUGCAAGAUUUAUUUGGAAAGGAAGAUUUGUUCAUAGCGAAAGAUGUUCAAGGUGGACUAAUGGCUUGGGCUGAGAAUAUUGACCCAAUGUUCCCUCGCUAUUAAAUUUUAACUCAUAAAUGAUUCAUUUUAGAAUCCAAGGGUAAAUGUGCAUGUUUAUUUUAAUGUCAUAUCUUGUAAUGUCAGUGAUUGCAAAUUUAAUUAAACACUUGCAUGAAAACUAA